AUGGCUGAAUCAACUAGGCCGCUUCUGACCGAUUCGAACUCGCCACCACCGAGAUCUCUCGACGACACGAUCGAGACUUACAUUGGAAGUUUUGGAUGGGCUCAGUUUCUUCAAGCCGCUUUAGUUUCAUUCUCCGGUGUUUUCGAUGCUCAACAAACUUUCAUCUCUGUCUUCACAGACUUCGAACCCACAUGGCACUGCACCGGCCGGUCCGAGCCCGGUUCGAUCUGUCACGAAUCCGUCUCGAACAUUUGUAUUCUCCCUAAAACUGCCUGGUCUUGGGAUUUCUUACCUCACGUCUCUGUUAUAUCAGAAUGGAAUCUCCAAUGUGCCGGCUCGUUCGUCAAAGGCUUACCGGAGAGUUCAUUCUUCGUCGGAUGUUUAAUCGGCGGUUUGAUUCUCUCAACACUAGCUGAUUCUUCUCUUGGUCGGAAAAACAUGUUGUUUCUCUCUUGUCUUGUUAUGUCGUUAUCAACGAUGCUUACGGUUUUCUCACCUAAUAUAUGGGUUUAUGCUUUUCUUCGAUUCGUUAAUGGGUUUGGUCGAGCUACGAUCGGGACAUGUGCGCUUGUUCUUUCGACGGAGUUGGUCGGGAAGAAAUGGAGAGGACGUGUCGGAAUCAUGAGUUUUUUCGGUUUCAUGCUUGGAUUCUUGUCACUGCCUUUCAUGGCUUAUAUAAACAGAGGAAACUCGUGGAGGGUUCUUUAUAUUUGGACUUCGAUUCCGACUAUGCUCUAUUGUGUUCUUGUUCGGUUUUUCGUAUGCGAGUCUCCGAGGUGGCUUUUCGUUAGAGGUCGUAGAGAAGAAGCUAUUUCGAUUCUCAAAAAGGUUGCUUCGAUUCCUAAGACGAGUGAUGUUAACUAUGAUGGUGCAAUCUUCAUGAGCUUUUCGAGUUUACCAUUUGAGAAGGAGGAAGAGGAUUAUGAGAAGCCUAGUGUUAACAUCUAUGAGUCAAUGAAGGUGUUGGUGGGAAAGAGAUGGGCACUUAAGAGAUUAUCCGCGGUAAUGGCGGUUGCGUUUGGAAUCGGUUUGGUCUAUUACGGUAUGCCAUUAGCUUUAUCGGAUCUCGAUUUCAACAUCUACUUGAGUGCAGCGUUUAAUGCGUUGAUGGAUUUGCCGGCGAACCUCAUCACGCUUUUCCUAGUUGAUAAACUCAGCAGGAGAAACGCGCUUAUCGGGUUUACGGCAUUAGGCGGUGUUUCCAGCGUUCUCAUAUUCGCGUUACAGAAUAUGAGAAUUGGAAACCAUGGGGCGUUACAGUUGGCAUUAGAGCUAAUUUCUUACUUUAGCGCGUGUUCGGCUUUUAACAUGGAGAUGAUAUACACAAUCGAGUUGUUUCCGACAUGCGUUAGGAACUCGGCGAUCGCAAUGGCUAGGCAAGCCUUGGUUCUUGGUGGGGUUUUCAGUCCUAUUAUGGUAGCGGCUGGUCGGAAAAACGGAUUUUGGUCAUUUGGGUUGUUCGGUCUUGCUAUAGGAUUGUUGGGAUUGUGCGUGGUCGGGUUACCGGAGACUAGAGGGAGUGAUCUAUGCGACACUAUGGACGAGGAAGAGUGCAAAGAUCGGCAGAGUAACAACCUUAUCGUCAAUGAUGUGAUUGCGUGA